GGAGUUUUAUGGCAUUAUGUCUUAUAUUUAAGUCUUUAAGCCAUUUUAUUUUUGUGUUAAGAAGUGCUGAGUAUUAAAGAAGCAGAAGGGUGCCCUGGAGUCAAGCCUGGGGAGGGCAUUCUAGCUAAAGAAAUGACUGUGUAAAGGCAGGAGGUGUGGGAAAAGGGAUAUUCGUAACUACAACCAUAUAGCUUAUAUUACACAAAGAACUGUCUGAAACAAAUGAUUUUUGUAUGCUGAGAAGUAUACCCUGCCUCCAACAAAACUUUAAAAGUCUCAACCAGGAGAACGUUCACACUGCAAAACAACCAGGUGAAGAAUGUCCACAACCUAAACUGUUCAAGCUUAGGAAACGACGGGCCAGUCCUCUCACUGCUUCCUGCGGGAUCUGAUUUCUUUCCCAUUGAUCCAUGGCAGCUCCAAGGCCAACUCACACCCUUUCCACCUCCCCAGCUCAUUACAGGCCCUAGGCUGGGCACAAAGGUGGACCAACCAAUUGCUAUUCGGUGAGAUUUGGGGAAAGAGGCAACAUCUAACUGCAGGUCAGGGUGCCAGGACCUGGCGGUUGCCCCGGGCAUGACCUCACCUCCUGGGUUUGUAAAGGCGCCCUCGUUGCCAGGCUCCCUGCAGGCAGAGGCUGGGAUUUGCUCCUCGCUCAUUCGUCAGCGGAGAAGCGCCUCCAAGGAAUCCCUGUUACCGAGGCGAGGACGAGAGCCCAUUGGUCGGGACAUCUCACAAUGGCCCCACCACCCCCAGGGUUCUUCCCAUUGGUUAGCUAUCUGCCUCGGGAGACCCCUGUUGCCUUGAACCCAAGUGGGCGGGCUGCUUGGUGGCCUGGAACUAGCGCCCCCAAGCUAACCCUGUUUUCCAUUGGCUGUUCCCGGAGCUGCUGCCAUCUAAUGAGGAGCGAAGGACAAAACACCCGAGCACGCGCUCCCUGCGGCGGGAUCUAACCCUGCGGGAGGGGGACCCGGCUGGCACCGACGGGACCAAAGGUGUGCAGAGGCCGGAGGACACCCAAUCUCCCUUGGGACCUGGUCUGGAUUGCACCCCAGGCCUCCCAUCGCGGAGUUCUGAAUCUCCAACCCGGAACCCAACCCAGAAGUCUCCACCUUCUCUCCAAUGCUGUUGGGAAACCCUGUGUCCUGAAGAAUUCGGAUUGAGAUCCGAACGGAAGAGUGGUGGAGACGAGGGUGAGACCCAGGAGGGACCAUGUUCUACUACCCCAGCGUGCUUCAGCGCCACACCGGCUGCUUCGCCACCAUCUGGCUUGCGGCGACGCGCGGCACCCGGCUGGUGAAGCGUGAAUACCUGAAGGUGAACGUGGAGAAGACCUGCGAGGAAAUCCUCAAUUAUGUGCUGGUACGGGUGCAGCCCCCGCUGCCUGGUCUGCCGCGGCCCCGCUUCUCCCUGUACCUCUCAGCUCAGCUCCAGAUCGGCGUCAUCCGGGUCUACUUUCAACAGUGCCAGUACCUCGUAGAUGAUAUCCAGCAUAUUCUGGAGCGCCUGCACCGCGCCCAGCUGCAGAUCCGCAUAGACAUGGUGGAGACUGACCUACCUAGCCUGCUGCUUCCUAACCAUCUGGCCAUAAUGGAGACUCUGGAAGAUGCUCCAGAUCCCUUUUUUGGGAUGAUGUCUGAGGAACCCAGAUUGCCCAGUCCCUUCGAUAUCCCUCAGCUUCGACACCUCUUAGAGGCUGUGACCCCAGAGAAAGUUCUUGAGGAGAUCCUUCCUGAAGUCCCUACAGAGCCUAGAGAGCCAGAGCGGAUUCCGGUCACUGUGCGGUCUCCCGAGGCCAUCACGCUCCUGGAAGUGGAGCCCAUACGUAUGCUGCAGGUUGAGGGGGAACGGGAACUCCCAGAGGUCAGCCGCCGAGACCUGGACCUGCUGAUUGCUGAGGAAGGUGAAGCCAUUUUGUUAGAGGAACGUCGGCUGGAAAGGCCUCCCCCGAUGGAAGAGCUCAAGGAGGAACCCCGGGCCCCAGAGGUGGAGAUUGCAGCCCCGCUGCCCUCACCUAUAGCUCUUGCAGAAGUGGAGAGGGCGGCAGAGCUGCUCCUGGCCCCUGAGGAGCUGAAGCCAGCAGUCUGGGAGCCUGGGGCCCUUCCUGAGGUGACCCCCCCACAGGAGCUGCGUCUGCCACCACCACGUAGCCCCGAGCGGAGGAGGCCCCCAGCCUCCCCACCUCCUGAGAUCCCACCUGCUCGCCGCCGUCGCCGCCGCCGGUUAUUAUUCUGGGACAAGGAGACCCAGAUCUCCCGGGAGAAAUUCCAAGAACAACUGCAACCCAGAGCCCACUGCUGGGAGUGUCCAAUGGUGCAGCCUCCCGAGAGGAUGAUCCUGAGCCCUGCGGAGCUGUUCCAAACCCCGACUCACCCUGGCCGGCUGCCCCGAGAACUGCUGGAUUUCUGGACCCACUGCGCCCAGCCACCCCCGAGAGCACUCAGGGAAAGACUGCCCCCGGAGCUUGAGGAAGAGAGGAGAAAGGCUGAAACUCCAAGUGACAUUGAGGUCCUGAGGGAGGCCCAGGAGCCCAGCGGGCCCCUCCUGGUGUCAUCAGAGAUCUCCCUAGAAAUGGCUGAGGAGGAGAAGUCCCGCAUUAGCCUCGCCCCUCCGGAAGAGCGAUGGGCCUGGGCUGAGGCAGAGCAGCCAGAGGUCCCUGCAUUGCCUGUGGUGCCUGAACUUCCUGAGGUGCCCGUGGAGAUGCCUAUGGAGCUGCCCCUGGAGCCUGAGCUGCUCUCUCUGGAGGCCGUGCACAGGGCAGUGGCACUGGAGCUGCAGGCCAACAGGGAGCCCGACUUUAGCAGCCUGGUGCCGCCUCUCAGCCCCCGCAGGAUGGCCGCCCGAGUCUUCUACCUGCUCCUGGUGCUCGCCGCGCAGCAAAUUCUUUGCGUGAAACAAGAGAAGCCCUACGGGCGCCUCCUGAUCCAGCCAGGGCCCCGAUUCCACGUCCAUUAGAGCCAGUUUACAAAGCUGCCAGGCAACCGGCAACAUAGUAAACUAUGUCUUGCUUCACUUCUGAACAAGCAUCUCUAUCCUUCCUGCUCUCAGCUACUGUUCAAGCGAAAAUAAACUGCCUUGAUUCCA